UAGAAUUAAUUGAGGUUCGAUUCAAUAACAAUCAUGGCCGCCGUAAAGAAUAUCAGGCUCCUUCCGAACUCCCUGAAAUUAAUUAGGAUUAUUCCAUCUCUGUGCGUGAGAAAUGCGUCCUCAAACUCAAGUGACACUGCUACUCACACUGGACAGCAAUGGGACAGCGAUGACUACAGGUUGGCCAGAUUUAUUGAAACCCCAAAACAAGUCAACACAAAGUUUGCUGUUGAUUUGAUCAACAAAGCAACACCAAUUUCCCAGAAAAAGAGGAUUGUUUCCUGUGAUGGAGGUGGUGGACCCACUGGACAUCCUAAAGUCUACAUCAAUUUGGAUAAACCUGGGAACCACUCCUGUGGGUACUGUGGGCUACGCUUCUUCAAGGAUGGGAGUCAUCACUAAGUAGUCAAGGCACUACUUAGUUUGUUGUAAAAAUGUUACAGUUUAGGAAAUAAAAUAUCUGUUUGAUGCAA